UCUGUCAAGUGUCAAAAUCAAAUUCAAAAUAUAAAAAUCAUUAAUUCUGUGAAAACACAAAACUAACUUGUUAAUAAACUUGUAAUUUAUAUAAUAUAUGAACGUAUAAUUAUAGGUUUUACUUGAUUUCGAAAUGCCGCAUAGUCACUGCCAUGGCGAACAUGAUCAUGAUCAUGGGAAUCCUGCAGAGUUGGGAUUUCAAUACAAUCUUUAUGCUAAAAUUGAUAAGGAUAACUUGCAAUGUUUGAAUGAAACAGUUGAUGGGUCGGGUAAAACUGUAUUCAAACCAUGGGAAAACCGAUUGGACAGGACUGAGUUUGUAGAAAGUGAUGCUGAUGAAGAAUUAUUGUUUAACAUUCCUUUCACAGGAAAUAUUAAAUUAAAGGGUAUUAUAAUUUCUUCAGAAGAUUCAAAUGCCCAUCCUUCAAAAUUGAGAUUGUAUAAAAAUAAGCCAAAUAUGACUUUUGAUGAUGUUUCAAUGGAACCAGACCAGGUAUUUGAAUUACAAAAAGAUAGUGAAGGAAUUCUUGAGUAUGCUCCAAAGAUUGUGAUAUUUUCAUCAGUGUCACAUUUGACAAUGCAUUUUCCUAGUAAUUUCGGGGCAGAUAAUACGAAAAUAUUUUACAUUGGACUAAAAGGGGAAUGGACACCAGGUCAUAAACAUGGAGUUACUAUUUGUACUUAUGAAGCAAGACCAAACCUAGAUGAUCAUAAAUUGAAACAUUUGGACUCAGUGAGCAGGCACAUUGAAUAGUGCUUUUUGUGACAUCAUAAAAUUUUUAUUUGCAUUCUUUAAGUUUAAAAAAAUUAUUAAAAUAAAUUUUGUAA